UGAGCAGAAUUAUCUAUAAUUUUCCUAAAAUAAAAUUGAGACGAAAGGAUUGCCCUUUUCCUUUCCCUUUCACCUUUCCCUUUCCCCUUCCCCUUUCCCGUUCCCGAUACAGUGGUUGUUCAAGGAUUUUUCCUUACAGUACACGAUUUUCUCUUAUUCUUUCUCUGCUAUUCUGCAUGUACUGUCUGCUUCAUUGAAUCCCCGAUCCACCUUUAACUGCAGAUUCGAAGAAAUCAUGAGGAAGAAGCUCGAUACUCGUUUCCCAGCUGCUCGAAUAAAAAAAAUCAUGCAAGCUGAUGAAGAUGUUGGGAAGAUAGCAAUGGCAGUUCCAGUUUUAGUAUCUAAGGCAUUGGAACUGUUUUUGCAAGACCUUUGUGAUCGUACUUAUGAUGUAACUCUUCAAAGAGGAGCCAAGACUAUGAGUUCUCUUCAUCUAAAGCAUUGCAUACAUAGCUUCAGCAUGUUUGAUUUUCUUAAGGAUGUGGUGAGCAAAGUUCCUGAUUAUGGUCAAUCUGAUGCUAAUGCAGAUGAUCGGUCUGCUACCAAGAGAAGAAAAUCUGCUGUUGAUGAGUAUCACGACAGCGAUGAAGAGUCGAAGAAAAGCCGGAUGCAAGAAACAAGCCAUGCCAGCAGCAGCGGUAGGGGACGAGGCCGAGGCCGAGGGAGAGGCCGUGGACGGGGAAGGCCUCCUUUAGAAAGAGAUCCGCAACCUCACCAUGAGAUGGAAACUAAACUAUCACCAUCGUUUGAGCCUAGCAACCGACCCAUCCCUAUCCAAGUACCCAACGUAGAAGAUGAUCCUAAUAAGUUUGACCCAAUGAAGGAAAGCCCCGUUGUAGGUGAUGGUGAGGACCCGACAGUCCAUAAAUUUGAUUUGAAUGCUGAAGUAGCCGAAAAUCUGGAGAUGGCACAACCCGCUGUAGCAACAGAAGAUGUUGUUGCUGCACCGGUUGAGCCCCCACCUGAAAGCAAGAACGAGGAGUUAGUCUCGGAAGUUGAUGGGAUGGCUAUCGACCCACUUCAGAUAGCGCAAUUUAACUCGAGAAUAGAUGAAGACGAGGACUAUGAUGAAGAGUAGGUUGCUGAAAUUUGAAUGUAGUGUAGGAGAAAAUGUCGAUGAAAGCGCAGGCCCGAAUUCUUUGCCGGGACAGUCUCUGCUGGAUCUGUAUAAUUGAUAGUAUGUAGGUUUUCUAAGUUAGAAGUUAUGGCUUGCAUUGUUAAACUUUAAUUGGAGAAGUAACAUAGUUGGCUGUCACAAAAGUGAACAAUCUAACUAAUUCAUGUAGAAAUAUUUGCGUUUUUAUGUCUUGCUCAAUACACUAGUAGGGUGGAUGGCAA